UUUUCUUUCGGGCUAUAUUUUCUCUUAUUUCCUACAUCUGGCGACCGUUAAACAUUAUGGAAAAGUUAUUAAAAGAGAGAAGUAUAGCCAGGAGGCUAUUCACAACCGCAAAAAACGAUUCUGAGGCUAAAUUAGAGUCGACCAACAUCGACGAAAUCACCGCGGCCUUUAACAAGCUCCAGCUUCGAGCCGAUUCCUUGUUCAACGUCGACCAACGUAUAAAAGAACAAUGGCUAAAAACGGACGAGAUGACUGAAGAUGAAAUUUACGAAGACUGCAUGACCAGCGAUAAGUAUGAAAGCGACUGGGAGCGUAUAAAAGUCAUGUACGACAACGUUUCCCGGAAGAACGAACGCAAGAAGAGGUCUCGCAAGUCUAGCGGCAGCGAUGAGUCGAAUAAUACAGACAAAUCUCAUCAAUGUUGUGAGAAGUCGGCAUGCAGUUCUGCAUGUCAUUCAAGACGAUUCCGUCUACCGAAAUUUGAGUUACGGAAGUUUGACGGCAAUACGAAAAACUGGAUUGGUUUUUGGUGUCAAUUUCAGAAAAUCGACGACGACGAAUCUAUAGACGACGGAGAUAAGUUUCAGUAUUUAUACCAGUGCACUGUUCCAGAUACUCCGGCGCGAGAGAUCGUCGAGAGCUUUCCGCCGUCAGGAGCUAACUAUAAGAAGGCUGUUGAGCAAUUGAAGUCCAGGUUUGCACGUGACGAAAUGUUGAUCGACAUUUAUGUGCGUGAACUGCUUAAUCUUGUAUUAGCACAAGCAAAAGUUGAGUCCGCCUUGCCCGAAUCUGUUUUACGAGCAUGGCAGAGGUCCCACGUACUCGAGGAGAAGAGCGACGAUCAUCUGAACCGGCUUAUGCAGUUCCUGAAACGCGAAGUGGAGUCGGAGGAGCGGAUCCAGCUUGCGCGUAGCGGGAUAGCAUCGGGUGACAGUUUGCAUAGCGUUUCUACUAAACCUACCGCGGCAUGCUUAGUGUCAACGGAAGACGCAGGUAAGAAGAUUUGUUGCGUUUGGUGUGAAAAGGCAUCGCAUACCAGCUUCGAGUGCUACAGAACUAACAAGAUGUCGUAUGAAGCUAGGAAGGAUGUGCUAAAUAAAAAAGGAGCAUGCCAUAUUUGUUUAAAAACGGGACAUAAUUCGAAAACAUGCAGAAAUUUCACAAAAUGCCUUUUCUGCUCCAAACGUCAUUCUGUAUUGAUGUGCCCUGACAUUAAAACGUCAAGUAAAAAUGAAAUUGAUAAAACCUCAGAUAUUGAAACGUCAAACUUAAAUAAUACCGUAACUCAAUAUAAGGCUAGUACUAUACUGUUGCAAACGUUUAUGGCGAAUAUUAUAAGCGAUAAGAAAUGUAUACCGGUACGAUGCUUUAUUGAUUCGGGAGCACAGAAGACUUAUUUACGUCGCGAUAUAAUAGAAAGUUUAAAUUUGAAGCCUGUUGGCAAAGAAAUCGUGUCGAAUUGUCUUUUUGGCGGGAUCGAAACUAAAAAGGAACUGUUUCAUACCUACGAGUUCACUGUAGCAAGCUUGGAUAAGAAGUUUCAAUGUACAAUGACUGCGCGCGACAAGUCUAAGCUCUGCGGGUACGUUCCUCGUUUAAAUGUAGAUCAUGAGAUGUUCAAAGAGUUGCAGAAACAUAAUAUCACCCUAAGCGACGUCGGUGAUGCGGCCGCGCCUGACAUCGGGCUGUUGAUCGGCGCAGAUCACGCAGGCGUGUUGCUCACGGAGAGUUUCGUGGAACUGAACAAUAACCUCGUGGCAAUAAAGAACAAAUUUGGAUGGACGCUUCAAGGAACUAUCAUGAAUGUAUGCAGUGUCCUAAUGAACGUAGUAUUGGAAAAUGAAUGUAAGUUGAAAGUUGAUGACAGAGAAGUCAACAUAAAAACUAAGAAAGUUGUGCUCGCUAACAAUACUGCAGAUUAUAGUAGAGGGAGAGGCAGACCGCUGACUACCUGGAUGACGAAUGUCGAGAGGGACAUGAAGGUGCUCGGUAUAACCCCUGACGACGCUUAUCAUCGGAGCAAGUGGCGCCUCAAGACUAAGAGUAAGAAAGCCGACUCCGCGUAA